AUGGAGAAUGCCAAUUCUAUCCAGGAGUUUAUGGGAGUGAAAGUCAUGGUAGAAAAAGGCUUGGAUCGAUUUCCUCAUCAUAUUAUCAGGUCCUUUAAAGAGGAUCCAAAAGUCUUACAGGGUAUUGAAGAUGAACAGCACGAGAAUAUACCAGUUAUUGAUCUGCAGGAACAAGUACAUGAUAGUCCUUUUGGCCUUUCUGCCAAUCUUGUGGAGGCCAUCGGUCGAGCUUGUCAUGAGUGGGGCUGCUUUCAGGUGAUAAAUCAUGGCAUUGCUCCAUCGUCAAUGAAUGAAAUGAUGGAGGCAGCUCGACAGUUCUUUGAGUUACCAGAGGAACAGAAAACGAAGUACUUUACUUUGGACACAAUGUCAAGUUUUUGCUAUGCAUCGAGCUUCAACAUGCAGAAGGAUAAAGUACUGAGCUGGAGAGACUUCAUUCGUUACUCCUGUCAUCCGCUAGACGAUGUCAUAUCUCACUGGCCCAGCUCUCCGCCUACAUUUAGGUAA